AUGAGCAGUGACGAGCCGCCAGUCAGCCGAGCGGAUCGCGCUCACUUUAACCGCCAGGCGCGUCACCUCGCUGCUUUCAGCAUACAGCUGCACCUCCUGCAAGGCCCGCCAAUCAAGCGCCGCCAGCUGGAUGCCGCGUCGCGGCUGCUGACGCGCAGGGAGCUGUGUGACGUCAUGAACGAGCGCGCUGCCGCAGGCUUGUGUGCUGUCACCACUCCUGAUGGCGAUGGUGCUUGCGCUGACAGCGUUGCUGCUACUUAUAUUGGUGGUUCAGGCUCGGCUGGAUUAGGUUCGGCCACAUCAUAUUCAGCUGUAUUAGGUUCGGCUGGGCCCCAGUGUGUGAGUGAAGGCAAUCGCAGCAGCACAGGCGGGGAGGCUGCUGCUGUGCUGUCAGCGCGACUGCAAUCCGCUGCUGCCCGCCUGUGGAGUGCGGGCAUGGCAGGGGCGAGUGGCGUGGCAGGGGCGAGUGGCGUGGCAGGGGCGAGUGGCGUGGCAGGGGCGAGUGGCGUGGAAGGGGCGAGUGGCGUGGGAGAGAAGGGAGGAGGAGGAGGCAGAGCGGGGGCGGGCGGAUUCCUGGGUUUGGUGCUCAUGGGCGGGGCUGGUGGAGACGAGGGGACGGACGGGAUGGAGGGGACGGUGGGGGGUGAAGAGGGGGAGGAGUGGCAGAGAGGGAAUGCAGAGGGCCCCAGGGGAACGGGCAGCGCCAGCGCAGUGUGGGUUAACGGCCGCAGCAGCUGUGCCUCACAGCAACGGCCAGGGGAGGGCAGCAGGGAGGCGAGGCGGUGCAGUGGUGGCGUUAGUGCUGCUUUUUGGGAGGCGCUGCUGUGGGAGAGAGGGGGGGUUGAGCAGAGGGAUGCGAGCAACAGCGGAAAUGAGAUGGGCGAUCAGGAGGAGGCAGCAAGGCUGGAGAGGAGGAAGGAGGGCCAAGGGGAGCAGGAUCAGGAGUGUGAUGAUAUGGCGGGGGGGGAAGAAGAACAAGGUAGUGGGGACGAGGGGGGACGAGAGGAUGGCACUCGUGUUGAGGCGGUGGGAGGGGAGGGGGUGUGGCAGCGGCUGAUGGCUCACCAGGUGCGGCAAGCAGCCUGCAAGGCCCAUGUGCUCUCCACGCCCCUCCCCUCGCGGACUAGCCACCCUCGCAUGCCUCACCCUCCACUCUCCCCGUCUGUGCAUCCGCCCUCCUCGUUCUCCUCCUCCUCUUCUCCCUUUUCUUCUCUGUCGUCCUCCUCUCCUUGUCUAUACCCACCUUAUCGCAGUGCCUCCUUGCCUCUCACCUCCUCUUCCUCCUCCUCUCGCUCACCUCGCUCCUUUUCCUCCUCCUUUUCCUCCUCCUUUUCCUCCUCCUCUUCCUCAUCCUGCCUUUAUCCACCCUACCGCAGUGCCUCCUUGCCCCCCGCCUCCACAUCCCCCUCUCCCUUCCACUCCUUUCGCUCCUCGCACUCCUCCUCCUCUGCUUCCCUCCACGUGCCUUCCUCAUCAACCCCCACACAGCCAUUCAACCAAACACACGUCCCCACCACAUCGAGCCGCUGCCCCUCUGCGCCCACUCCCAUCGCCUUUCUCUCACUUGCCUCCCCUGCCCUCUCCCCCCUUCCCUCUCACUCCGCUCACGAGCCUACCACCCCAAGAGCCCCCCUUCCUAGUGCCCCCAGUUGGCCCAGCUCUCUCCGCCCCGCCCUGCGCACCAGCCUGCGCUACCAGCAGGGAAGGGCGGGGCAGCCUCUGGCCUUGCCUCGCAGCGUGUCGUGGGCGGACGCGCAGGGGAAGGCUCUCACAGAGGAGCUUCGGUUCUCAGUGCGCGAUAGACAGUAG